GGCUGAGCAACUGGACUGAGGCGAGCAGUUGAGCAAAGAUGGCGGCUGCCGAGAGUCCUGCGGGCGACCGUGAGCUGUGGCAGACCUGGCUUCCUAACCACGCCGUGUUUUCGCAGCUUCGGGAGGGACUGAAAAACCAGAGCCCAACGGAGGCCGAGAAAUCUGUUUCCUCCUCAUUGCUUUCGUCGUCCCCACUGCCGCCCCAAAUAAUGACGAGAAAUCUGGUGCUGGGCCUCGGCGGUGAGCUUUUCUUGUGGGACGGAGAAGGCAGCGCCUUCUUGGUCGUUCGCCUGCGGAGCCUCAGUGGCGGCUGUGAGGAACCUUCUCUAUCCCAGUACCAGAGAUUGCUUUGCAUAAAUCCACCUCUGUUUGAAAUCUAUCAAGUCCUGUUAAGUCCAACACAACACCAUAUAGCACUUUUGGGAAUGAAAGGACUUAUGAUAUUAGAAUUACCUAAAAGAUGGGGGAAGAAUUCUGAAUUUGAAGGGGGAAAAUCAACAGUGAAUUGUAGUACUAUUCCUAUUGCUGAGAGAUUUUUUACCAGUUCCACCUCUCUGACGCUAAAGCAUGCUGCCUGGUAUCCAAGUGAAAUGUUGGAUCCCCACAUAGUGUUACUAAUGUCAGACAAUGUAAUAAGAAUUUAUUCUCUACGCGAGCCCCAGACACCCGUGAAAGUCAUUGCACUUUCAGAAGCAGAAGAGGAAAGUCUAAUACUCAAUAAAGGGAGGGCAUAUACUGCAUCUCUGGGAGAAACAGCAGUUGCAUUUGAUUUUGGGCCAUUGGCAACAAUCUCCAAGAAUAUGUUUGGACAAAAAGGCAAAGAGGAAGUAGUGGCGUACCCAUUAUACAUCUUAUAUGAGAACGGAGAGACUUUCCUGACGUAUAUUAGUCUAUUACACAGCUCUGGAAAUAUCGGGAAGUUGUUAGGACCAUUGCCCAUGCAUCCUGCAGCUGAAGAUAACUAUGGUUAUGAUGCUUGUGCUAUACUCUGCUUACCGUGUGUCCCCAACAUCUUAGUGAUUGCUACUGAAUCAGGAAUGCUGUAUCACUGCGUUGUAUUGGAAGGGGAAGAGGAAGAUGACCAAACCUCAGAAAAGUCUUGGGAUUCAAGAGUUGACCUCAUUCCUUCUCUGUAUGUGUUUGAGUGUGUUGAGUUGGAACUUGCCCUGAAGUUAACAUCUGGAGAGGAUGAUUCCUUUGAUUCUGACUUUUCUUGUCCAAUUAAACUUCACAGGGAUCCUAAGUGUCCCUCAAGAUACCACUGUACUCAUGAAGCUGGUGUACAUAGUGUUGGGCUAACUUGGAUUCAUAAACUUCACAAAUUUCUUGGAUCGGAUGAAGAAGAUAAGGAUAGUUUACAGGAACUUGCUGCAGAACAGAAAUGCUUUGUGGAGCAUAUCCUUUGUACAAAGCCGUUGCCAUGCAGGCAGCCAGCUCCUAUUCGAGGAUUCUGGAUCAUUCCUGACAUUCUGGGACCAACAAUGAUCUGCAUCACCAGUACCUAUGAAUGCCUCAUAAGACCUUUAUUAAGCACCGUUCAUCCAGUAUCUCCUCCCCUGCUCUGUACCCAAGAUGAUGCAGAAGUGACAGAGUCUCCCCUCCGUAUUCUGGCUGAAACACCGGAUUCCUUUAAAAAGCAUAUCAGAAGUAUUUUGCAACGUGGUGUUACAAAUCCAGCAUUUUUAAAAUCAUCCGAAAAAGACCUGGCUCCUCCUCCUGAAGAAUGUCUUCAGCUCAUCAGCAGAGCUACCCAGGUAUUCAGAGAACAGUACAUUCUUAAGCAGGACUUGGCGAAGGAAGAAAUUCAGCGGAGGGUCAAUUUAUUAUGUGAACAAAAAAAGAAACAACUAGAAGAUCUAAAUUACUGUCGAGAGGAGAGAAAAAGUCUACGGGAAAUGGCUGAGCGCUUAGCUGACAAAUAUGAGGAAGCGAAGGAAAAACAAGAAGAUAUCAUGAACAGGAUGAAAAAAGUGCUUCACAGUUUUCACUCUCAGCUCCCAGUUCUCUCUGAUAGUGAGAGGGACAUGAAGAAAGAAUUACAGCUGAUACCUGAUCAACUUCGACAUUUGGGCAAUGCCAUCAAACAGGUUACAAUGAAAAAGGACUACCAGCAACGAAAGAUGGAAAAGGUACUGACUCCACAAAAACCCACCAUUACUCUCAGUGCCUACCAGAGAAAGUGUAUUCAGUCGAUCCUGAAAGAGGAGGGUGAACACAUAAGAGAAAUGGUGAAACAAAUCAACGACAUCCGAAAUCAUGUAAACUUCUGAAACUGUUAGGAAUAGAUUUAGACAACUGAAUUUAACAAGUGAAAGCUUAAAUUCAUACUGUAAAACAGAUAGCAUAAUCUAAUUUAUAAAGAGACAUUUUGGAUGAA